AUGGCGCAUCAGGUCGACAAUCCGUCGUCUCCUCGGUCGUCGAGCGGAGGUGCCGAUUCCUUCAAGGGAACGCCUGACACGCGAUUGACCACGAUGACCCCGGAUGACGGCUCCAAGUCGUCCGCUCUGCUCAAGAGCUAUGCGCGCUCAGCUGCUGUCGCCACGUCGCCAGCAAGACUUCCUGCUGGUGGCUUUCGCAGUACGGUUUCCCACCUGGACAAGGAUCCCUUCAUCACCACCAUCCAGGGCGUUGGCACGAGGCUGUCACCCACCGCGUCGGCAUUUAGCCCCUUCGUUGGCAAUACCUACGUUCGAUUGCCAAAUGGAGAUGGACCCAUUUCUGCUGCCUUGAGCACCGACAUGGGGUUGUCCAGGAUUCUUGUCAUCUCGUCGCCGACUCAGGUAGCUGCGCAUGAAGUAGAGGCUCUUCUAACGGAUCUAGGAAAAGAUGGCAAUCCCACUUACGGCGCGAGAAGCUUCAAGGUUCACAGCAGCGGUGUCUUUGUGUACUUUACAGACAUCAGAGAUGCUUGUGCCUCACAGACGAAGCUUCAUCAAGCUGAUAAAGACUGGAAAGUUGCCUUUGCCAAUCCGACACGUGUUGCCCAGUCCCAGGGCAGCCACAUGGAGAUGGGACAGAGUGCAGGUAUGCCAGGACCCUACCACCCGACCCGGUUGAAUAGAUUUGCUAACUAUGCAGCCGGCAUCUCUCACACAGGUCAGAUUAUGGUCUUUGCUGUGGUUCCUCCAGGAGCUAUGGUUGACCCAGUCCAAACUAUGGGAGUGGCUCAUCGAUUCUUGCAAUCGCACGGCCGCCUAUUUGCCUUUGUCAAGCAGGCUACUUUCCCAAACGGCUCUUUCAGAGCUGUUGCUGAGUUUUGUGACACCACUGCCGCCUUUCCUGUCAUACAAGCUUGCAGCGGCGGUAUCUCCACAGAGGGUAUUCAGCUCUUUGCAUCAGCAUACAACGUCGAUGCCUACUCUACCGCCGCACUCACCGAAGCAGUAGAGGAAAUGGCUGUCAGCAAAAGGCCAGAUGAUCCAGACCAACGGUUUGGCUCUGUGAGCUCCAACUCCUCUCAGGCCGGUCAGGGUGAUCCACACUAUAACGCACCUAUUGCCAUGUAUCCUUUCAUGUUCCAAGCGCCAUUCACCCCAGCUGUGCCGUAUAUGCUGGAUUCCUCCUUCCUCCCGGCGGCACAGACAGGCUCAGGGAGCCCACUGACCCCGUUUGCUCCCCAGUAUCCCAUCUUCGGAACUCUGUAUCAGACGCCACCCUCUCCGGCUCUAACCUCCCAUAACAGCUACAGUCCUUCGAGGACCUUUUCGGGUGCUGCCGAACGAGCGGAUGCUCGCCGACAGAAUGCUAUGAGAAUUAGCCGAUCCACCUAUCAUAGCACCACGACUCAUCAUAAUCAUGUUGACAUCAAUCGUAUCCGCGAUGGCAUCGACGUCCGCACUACGAUUAUGCUUCGCAACAUUCCCAACAAGGUAGAUCAAGCCAUGCUUAAAAGAAUCAUUGAUGAGUCUAGUUGGGGAAAGUACGAUUUUAUGUACCUUCGCAUCGAUUUUGCCAACGACUGCAAUGUCGGAUAUGCAUUCAUUAACUUUGUAGACCCUCUGGAUAUAAUUGAUUUUGUCAACGCUCGCGGAAACCAACGCUGGAACUGCUUCAAAAGCGACAAGGUGGCAGAGAUCUCAUAUGCCACUAUUCAGGGAAAGGACUGCUUGGUGCAGAAGUUUCGAAACAGUUCUGUGAUGUUGGAGGCUCCGCACUAUCGCCCCAAGCUUUAUUAUACCUCUAAUGGACCAAUGCCAGACCUUGCCGGACAGGAAGAGCCGUUUCCCGAACCUGACAACCAGUCAAAGAUGAAGCGAAGCUGCGAAAAUGCUGAGCAUGUUGGACUAUUCACGCCCAAUGCUGGACAGCAUUUCCGUGAUGAGCAACGGCGCCGACGAUCCCAAUAUGACCGAGGCACUCGUCUUGCAGCCCUUGAGGAGUACGACUAUGAGACGGCCAUUCAGCAUCUUUACGGCAGCACGACCCAGUGA